GGCCGUCGUCUUCCUCUGGUUGGCCGGCCGGGAGGUGGGUCUACGGGGAGGCAACAAACGGAGGACCAGAAGGCCCCACGUCCUCCACUUCCACGUCUCCACCUCAUCCCUUCGUCUCCACCGCUCAAGACAGCGCCUUCCACCAUUGAUUUUGCUCGGCUCGCGCCACUCAUCAUCACUUCACUGCGCCACUGAGCGGCCGGAGCUGCCAUGGCUGCGACGACCGCGGGUAAGCUGUCCUCUACUGCCGCCGCCGCGCCUCCUCCUCCUCCGUGCCGGUUCCUCGGCUCUGGCCACGGCCAGCUGCGGCUUCCUACUUCUGCUGCCGCUGCUGCCGGUCGUCGCCGUCUGCUCCUCCGCUGCUCCGCCUCCGGUGACAAUGGCAAAGGCGGCGGCUCCGGCUCCGGCUCCGACCCGGUUCUUGAAGAGCAGCGCCGGCGCCAGGCUGAGCUGGCCGCCCGCAUUGCGUCCGGCGAGUUCACCGCCCAAGGCCCCGCGUGGGUUGCUACCCUCGCGGCGAAGCUGGCCAAGCUCGGGCCACCAGGGGAGCUCGCCUCGGCGCUGCUGACGAAGCUGGCCAGUGGUGGCGCAGCGAGCCGAGGUCCGGAGAUACCGCAGGCGGUGGGCUCUCUGAGAGCCGUCGCAGGGCAAGCUUUCUUCAUGCCGCUCUAUGAUCUCUUCCUUACCUACGGCGGCAUCUUCCGCCUCAAUUUUGGGCCUAAGUCUUUCCUUAUUGUCUCUGAUCCGGUUAUAGCUAAGCACAUCCUGAGGGACAACUCCAAAGCUUAUUCCAAGGGAAUUCUGGCGGAAAUUUUAGAAUUUGUGAUGGGUACGGGUUUGAUCCCUGCUGAUGGGGAGAUUUGGCGCGUUAGGAGGCGUGCCGUUGUACCAGCAUUGCACCAGAAGUACGUGACCGCAAUGAUAGGUCUCUUCGGAGAAGCUUCAGAUCGGCUCUGCCAGAAGUUGGACAACGCGGCAUCGGAUGGGGAGGAUGUAGAGAUGGAAUCUUUGUUCUCUCGACUAACACUGGAUGUCAUUGGGAAGGCAGUGUUCAAUUAUGAUUUCGAUUCAUUAUCUUAUGAUAAUGGAAUAGUUGAGGCAGUGUAUGUUACACUACGAGAAGCAGAAAUGCGGAGCACUUCUCCUAUACCAACUUGGGAAAUACCCAUAUGGAAAGACAUUUCCCCGCGGCAGAAGAAGGUCAAUGAAGCUCUUGCACUGAUAAAUAAAACUCUUGAUGAACUAAUUGCCACGUGCAAGAGAUUGGUCGAUGAAGAAGAUCUGCAGUUUCACGAGGAAUACAUGAAUGAGCAAGAUCCCAGUAUUCUCCACUUUCUUCUGGCAUCUGGAGAUGAUGUCUCCAGCAAGCAACUCCGUGAUGAUCUGAUGACAAUGCUCAUCGCUGGGCACGAGACCUCCGCAGCAGUCUUGACAUGGACAUUUUAUCUUCUAUCUAAGUAUCCAAAUGUAAUGUCAAAGCUCCAAGAUGAGGUUGAUACUGUUCUAGGUGACCGUUUACCAACGAUUGAGGAUGUGAAGAAACUGAAGUAUACUACUAGAGUUAUUAAUGAAUCAUUGAGACUCUAUCCACAGCCACCAGUUUUAAUUCGUCGCUCUAUUGAGGAGGAUAUGCUGGGAGGGUACCCAAUUGGCCGGGGAGAAGAUAUUUUCAUAUCCGUGUGGAACCUACAUCGUUGCCCAAAGCAUUGGGAUGAUGCAGAUGUUUUUAAUCCAGAAAGAUGGCCUUUGGAUGGACCAAAUCCAAAUGAGAUAAACCAAAACUUCAGUUACUUGCCAUUUGGUGGUGGACCAAGGAAGUGUGUAGGUGACAUGUUUGCCACUUUUGAGACUGUGGUGGCAACUGCAAUGCUUGUCAAGCGCUUUGAUUUUCAGAUGGCUCCAGGAGCACCUCCGGUUGAGAUGACAACUGGAGCAACGAUUCACACAACUGAGGGGUUGAAAAUGACUGUUACUCGAAGGACAAAGCCACCUGUAAUUCCAAACUUAGAGAUGAAAGUCAUUUCUGAUUCACCAGAAAGCACGAGUUCUACACCGUCAAUGUCCGUUUCUGCUGCUAGUAUUGCUUCAGGAGAAGAUCAACAAGGGGAAGUCUCGACAAUUGAAGUCUGAGUUAGAAAGCAUCAGGAUUGCGAUGACAUACAGAA